CUAGGCACAUUCAAAUCUGAUGAUGGGGACUAUUUCGUAGAGCCGCUGCUAUCGCUCGAAGAACAGGAGUAUGAAGAAGAGCACAAUAAACCACAUCUAGUCUACCGACACCGGACACCUCCAACUAGCUCUUCAGGGGACAGGCAGACGUGCGAUACUCCAGAUCACGAACACAGUCACAAAAAGAACAAACGGAAACACUGGAGAAGACAGUGGGCAGAAAGCAGCAUAUUAUCUGACAUGGAGACAUUAAAACACAGCCUGGAAGUGAAUUCAUUUUCUGCAGAUAGCAACAAGACUGGGAACAUCAGUGAAAAGAAGAGCCACAGACGAACGAAGCGGUUUCUCUCCUACCCUCGGUUUGUGGAAGUGAUGGUGGUGGCUGACAGCAGGAUGGUCGCCUACCAUGGAGCUAACCUACAGCACUAUGUCUUAACGUUAAUGUCAAUAGUGGCUUCUAUCUACAAAGACCCAAGCAUUGGAAAUUUAAUUAAUAUUGUUAUUGUGAAAUUGGUCGUGAUACAUAAUGAACAGGAUGGUCCUGCAAUAUCUUACAAUGCCCAGACAACAUUAAAAAACUUCUGCCAAUGGCAGCAAUCCCAGAACCACCCUGAAGGAAGUCACCUUCAACACGAUACAGCCGUGCUUGUUACCAGACAGGAUAUUUGUAGAGCGCACGACAAAUGUGAUACUCUGGGUCUGGCAGAGCUGGGCACAGUCUGUGACCCAUACAGGAGCUGUUCAAUUAGCGAAGAUAACGGACUGAGCACUGCUUUCACAAUAGCACAUGAACUUGGCCAUGUAUUUAACAUGCCACACGAUGACAAUCAUAAGUGCAAAGAAGAUGGAGGUAAAAAUCAACAGCAUGUCAUGGCACCAACACUGAACUUCUACACCAAUCCCUGGAUGUGGUCAAAAUGCAGUAGGAAAUACAUCACUGAAUUUCUAGACACUGGUUAUGGGGAGUGUUUGCUUGAUGAACCUUCAUCAAGAACUUACACGUUGCCUCAGCAGCUCCCGGGGCUGAUUUAUGACGUCAACAAACAAUGUGAGUUAAUUUUUGGACCCGGCUCUCAAGUGUGCCCGUAUAUGAUGCAGUGUCGGCGACUUUGGUGUAUUAACAUUGAUGGCGCGCACAAGGGAUGUCGUACCCAACACACACCUUGGGCUGAUGGGACAGAAUGUGAGCCUGGAAAGCACUGCCGGUUUGGGAUGUGCGUGCCCAAAGAGCGAGAGGCACCAGUGAUAGACGGAGCGUGGGGGACGUGGAGCCCUUUUGGGACCUGCUCGAGAACCUGCGGUGGUGGCAUAAAGACGGCGAUACGAGAGUGCAACAGGCCUGAGCCUAAAAACGGUGGGAAGUACUGCGUGGGUCGUCGCAUGAAGUUUAAAUCCUGCAACACCGAACCGUGCUCAAAGCUGAAGAAGGAUUUCCGGGACGAGCAGUGCGCCGACUUUGAUGGGAAGCACUUUAACAUCAACGGGCUGCCCACGAACGUGCGCUGGGUUCCCAAAUACAGCGGCAUCCUGAUGAAGGAUCGGUGCAAGUUGUUCUGCCGGGUGGCGGGGAACACAGCGUAUUACCAGCUGCGGGAUCGCGUCAUCGACGGGACGCCCUGCGGCCCCGACACGAAUGACAUCUGCGUGCAGGGCCUUUGCCGGCAAGCUGGAUGUGAUCAUGUGCUGAAUUCAAAAGCAAGAAGAGAUAAAUGUGGUGUUUGUGGUGGGGAUAAUUCUUCAUGCAAAACUGUUGCAGGCACAUUUAACACGGUGCAUUAUGGCUAUAACGUUGUGGUCCGCAUCCCAGCUGGUGCAACUAAUAUUGAUGUGCGUCAGCACAGUUACUCAGGGAAACCAGAGGAUGACAACUACCUGGCCUUAUCUAACAGUCAAGGAGACUUUAUAUUAAAUGGAGACUUUGUCGUCAGUAUGUUUAAAAGGGAAAUCAAAGUUGGGAAUGCUGUGAUCGAAUACAGCGGAUCGGAUAAUACUAUUGAAAGGAUUAAUUCUACAGAUCGGAUUGAGCAAGAAAUAACGCUUCAGGUUUUAUCAGUGGGCAAUUUGUACAAUCCCGACGUUCGUUACACGUUUAAUAUCCCCAUUGAGGACAAACCUCAGCAGUUUUACUGGAAUGCGUAUGGCCCGUGGCAGCCCUGCAGUAAGCUCUGCCAAGGAGAACGAAAAAGGAAACCCGUGUGUACGAGAGAGUCGGAUCAGCUCACGGUGUCAGACCAGCGAUGUGAUCAAAUUCCCCAGCCUGACCCCGUCACUGAGCCUUGUAGCACAGAAUGUGAAUUAAG